CCCGUCCCGCCUCCGCUCCCCGCCUCCCCGCGCUCCCCGCCGCUUCGCCCCCGACAAAUGAUGUGUUUUGUGCUCGCCGCGAUGAAAGCUCAAAUUGAAAUUAUUCCAUGCAAGAUCUGUGGAGACAAAUCAUCAGGAAUCCAUUAUGGUGUCAUUACAUGUGAAGGCUGCAAGGGCUUUUUCAGAAGGAGUCAGCAAAGCAAUGCUACGUACUCCUGUCCUCGUCAGAAGAACUGUUUGAUUGACCGAACCAGUAGAAACCGCUGCCAACACUGUCGAUUACAGAAAUGCCUUGCUGUGGGGAUGUCUCGAGAUGCUGUGAAGUUUGGUCGAAUGUCAAAAAAGCAGAGGGACAGCCUGUAUGCGGAGGUGCAGAAACAUCGAAUGCAGCAGCAGCAGCGAGAUCAUCAGCAGCAGCCAGGAGAGGCAGAACCACUAACACCAACGUACAAUAUCACCACCAAUGGGUUAACAGAGCUACACGACGACCUCAGUAAUUACAUUGAUGGGCAUACCCCUGAAGGUAGCAAAGCAGACUCUGCAGUUAGCAGCUUCUACUUAGACAUACAACCUUCUCCAGAUCAGUCGGGUCUUGAUAUUAAUGGAAUCAAACCAGAACCAAUAUGUGACUACACACCAGCAUCGGGCUUCUUCCCUUAUUGUUCUUUUACAAAUGGGGAGACCUCUCCAACUGUGUCCAUGGCAGAAUUAGAACAUCUUGCACAGAAUAUUUCCAAGUCUCACAUGGAAACUUGCCAGUACUUGAGAGAGGAGCUACAGCAGAUAACAUGGCAGACUUUUCUGCAGGAAGAAAUUGAGAACUAUCAGAACAAGCAAAGGGAGGUAAUGUGGCAAUUAUGCGCAGUCAAAAUAACAGAAGCUAUACAGUAUGUAGUGGAAUUUGCCAAACGCAUUGAUGGCUUUAUGGAGCUGUGUCAAAAUGAUCAAAUUGUGCUUUUAAAAGCAGGGUCUUUAGAGGUUGUGUUCAUCAGAAUGUGCCGUGCCUUUGACUCCCAGAACAACACAGUCUACUUUGAUGGCAAGUAUGCUAGCCCAGAGGUUUUCAAGUCCUUAGGUUGUGAAGACUUCAUUAGUUUUGUGUUUGAAUUUGGAAAAAGUUUAUGUUCUAUGCACCUGACAGAAGAUGAGAUAGCUUUGUUUUCUGCAUUUGUUUUAAUGUCAGCAGAUCGUUCAUGGCUUCAGGAGAAGGUAAAAAUUGAAAAACUCCAACAGAAGAUCCAGCUAGCACUUCAGCAUGUCCUACAGAAGAACCACCGAGAAGAUGGAAUUCUAACAAAGUUAAUAUGCAAAGUGUCUACUUUAAGAGCACUGUGUGGACGACAUACAGAAAAGCUUAUCGCAUUUAAAGCAAUAUACCCAGACAUUGUACGACUUCAUUUUCCUCCACUUUACAAGGAGCUGUUCACUUCAGAAUUUGAGCCAGCAAUGCAAAUUGAUGGGUAAACGUAUCACCUAAGCACUUCUAGAAUGUCUGAAGUACAAACAUUAAAACAAAAGAAAGGAAAAGAUUAAAAAAAAAAAAAGAGAAAAAAAAAAAAGUAAAGAAAACCAAGACACUUUAUAUGGCCCUGCACAGACCUAGGGAGCCAACACACUGCACAUCUCUUGGCGGUCCGGGUCAGGCGAAGGAUGGGAAACAAUGAAACAAAGUUGAACUUGUUUUUCUCAUGCAUAUGAUUUCCAUUUUGCCUACAAAUAUGGACCCUUUUUCUGUCUCAACUUCUCAAUCCUUGACCUCUGUUUACACAGACUGAGGGUACUAGUAUCAGAAGGUUGCUUUCUCUCGUAGUUCACUGCCCAGACUUCUGACAGAACAAUCAAUUUGUUGAUCAGAACCAGAGAGUCCACCUAGUAAUCAGCGACUGGUGUGCAUUGCAGAGAUUUAAGCAUCAGUUUGCACAACUUGCUCAUUGUUUCAUGAAGGACGAUUUUUUUCACCUACCACUGUUUGCCAGUAGACAGAACGGCAUGAAAAGGGUCCAUAGCAAUAGCAACAAUAGCAUUAUAAUAUAUUACAGGGUAAAUGGGCAUGAAGACUAUAUAUAGCAAAAGAGAUAUUGUUUAUAUAUUGUUUUAAUUAAUAUAAAAUGUAGUUACUGGUAUAGCUUUUCUUGUUGAAUUGAUAAGGCACUUUCAUUUUGCACCUUUUUCUUUAAAUUAAAUGCUAGCGUGUUCAUUGUUGUGUUGCAUGUGCACCAGAAAUUCAAGUUUAACUGAAAAAGGUUUUUGGCAGGUACUGGUACAUUGGGAGGUAUUUAUGCUGCUGUUUUCCGUGUUACUUUUAAGGAGAGGCUGGUCAUAUCCUGAAAUGGUUACACAGAUUUAAAAAAAAAAAAGGAAAAAAGGAAAUUUUCUAAAUUAAAAUCAGACGUUCAACUGUUAAUUUAGCAAGUAUUUUUCAUUUCAAAUCUUUCAAAUCUGGAUGUUUAAAAUUACACGCCUAGAUUCUGAUUUAGGCACAGCAAAAGCCUCAUUUUCAAAGGUGCUGAGUUUCUGUGAUCAAAUUAAGCAAUUACAGAUCACUUACAGAUAGAAUAAUGUGUCAUCCUUGAAAAUCAAGCCAGUAAAGUGUACAUCCAUCUACCCACCAUAAAUCCAGAUUUGAAGGUAUUUACUCAAGUCUGUAUCUGCAGUAAAAGUAUGUGUGUGACAUGUAUGUGGAAAGCCCAUUUUUAUACAUAAUGUUACAUACUUUUGUACUCUGUAUUGUAAACAAUGCAUUCAAAACUCCAAACUCUAUCCUAUCAAAAUUCAUAGGUUUAAUUUUGUUUUAAGUGAGAUUAGAACCCAUGUUCUUCAAACAUCCAGCAGUUCUAUUUAAAGUAGCUGAAUGGAGUGCUGACCAUUGCUCUCAUUAUUUACAUACAUGCACUUUAAAGUUUAACAGAUGAGGAAAGACUAAUAGAAAGUACCAACUGUCACUGAGUAAAUUUAGCAGGAUUAGAAAUUAAACCAAGUUCUGAAGGGAACAGAUCCACAGUGAACAAUAUCACAAAAUAAACUGUGACUGUUCGAGCCAGAGGUCUGUAAUUGCUUUGGAUGAGAUGAGGAAAUACAACCAGGAGGCUUGUAGGCCUGUGUGCCUGCAACUUUCUGAUGAAAUAUGUUGCAAGAAGAAAAAAAAAAAACAGCAAUGUGCUCCACUGCUUUAAUUUCCAAAAAUAAUAAAUCUGUUACAUUAGUCACUGAGAAGUAAUGCUGAACUGAAGAACAGAAGCACACUGAAGAGAGGUAGAAUUACGCUAGUAGUCUAAAACAGAAAGUUUUAUUCUAUGAUUUGGAAAUUUUACCUUUGGGAUCAAAUUGAGCCACAGAAGCACAACAUCUAUUAAAGUGUUUCAUCAUAGCGCUUGGCUCUCAUCUGUUUCUAUGGUUCAAAAUUGAGGAGAUGAACAUGGCAUCUCCGCCCUUCAAAGCAGUGUAGCCCUGGAGAACGGCACAGGAACACCUGCACCUCUGUGAGUACCUGGAUGGAGGCACGAGUGGGCUUGAGGAAGCCAGCCUCAUGCUGCUCCAUCCUGCUGCUCCAAGGAGGCAGCUCACAGCCCUGCACACUGACUGCAUUCUCGCUGAUAGACUUUUCCUAGAAUCAUUGUUUACUUUAUUGGAGUAGCUGGCAUGAUACGGUACUUUGAUUCCAAUAUGUGCUCCUAUUUUUAAAGCAGUCUUUUUAACAAACAGACGUUUUCGGAAUAUGACCAGCCCUAGGUGCUAGUCCUUUAAAGAUCAACUAAACUUAAUUUCAGUGUCAACUAAUGAAUAAUGAGGUAAGAUUCGUACUUUUUUAGAGAGUAAGAUACAGCUCCUACUUUUGACAAUAAGUAGACUACCAGGCAAAAUACUUUGGGAUUAAUUUUCAGUCACAUCCUUUACUUAUCUAUUCCUGAUUAAUAUUACUACUUUAGCAGGCCUGUAGAUACCAGUGGUUUUGUUUGGUAUCUAAUUCAGAGUAUUUACACCCUUAAGUCAUUGACAACACAGAAUUUUGGAGUAUUUAAUAAUAAAAUACAUAAGUGUAGAAAGGUUCCACAUGGGGCCUUAGCUGAAAGCCUGUUGUAUCCAGGAUUGGCUUGUGACAUGAUCUUCCAUUCCAGGCUGUGCAGCACCUACGUGCUGUCAUUUUUGUCAAGGGGAGCCCCUGUGGACAACUAGCACCUUUUAAAAUCAGGCUGUGUGUACAUACCCCAGUAAGUCUGCCUUCCUGAACACAGCUAGCAGCCACUUGGCAAGAGACUAUUACUCGUUUCGUUUUGCUUGGCAUAGAGAGGGGAAAAGGGGAUACAGCAUGGCAGACAUACUGAAAAGACUGCGGUUGCCUAUGAGGCAAAGGGGAUGUCAAAUAGCCUCAGAGUGGCUGGUCAGAAUGGCUGCCAUGGAAGAACCUGGUGCAGCAGUGGAAAUGCACUCUGCAGAACCUCUGCGACUAUGGCCUGGUGUCAGACAAUCAGCACAAUAUUCAGUUUAAAAAAGCAUAUUGGAAGUAAGUGGAUUCACACAAGUAUUUUCAUGAUCUGUCCAGCUGACAACAAACAAAAACGUGAGGACAGCUGAAGACAAAGUAGUACAUUGCCAUUGAAUGAUUGUACGCUAGAGUCUGCAAAGAGAUUUUCAUUGGGUUUUCAUCUUUCCACAGAGAUGUUCCCGGGCUUUCUAGAAAAGAGGUAGUACAGUAUACUGGCAUUUGAACUACCUUAAUACACCUCAACAUCUCUAACACUGAUUGACUCUUAAAAACGAUGGGAUUAGGAGAAAAGGGAGGCUGUUCUUAAGUUUGGUUGCUCUUUAUUAAAGCUUGUCUAUCUUAGUAUGGAUACUAAGAUCUCUGUGUGUGUAUGUGCACCUACCUGUGUGUGUGAGAGAGUAGCGUUGUGUGCGCACAUGGUGUAUGUGUGGGUGUGUGUGAGUGGCUGCUUCUAGGCUGGUAAGUGUCAAUGGAGAAAAAGAAAAUGUAUUCAAAAUACUUAAGUCAAAAAUAGAAGGUGAAAAAAAGAUUUAUUCUAUACAAAGCCUUGUCUGGACCACUUUAGAGAGACUUCUAUUUUUUUAACCCUUCUAUAAAUAUUUGAUGGCACUUGAAAUAUUCCUGCAAUAAAAUGUGAUUUGUGUAAACAUUAAAAAAAAAAAAAAAGAUUUUGUAAUGUGAAACAAUGAAAGAAAGUAAUGUAAUUUUUCUAAAAAACAGAAAAAAAAAACAAAUGAACGAACUUUGUAUUAUUUUCUUGAUGGAAUUUGUCUAUUUGUCUUUGGAAAACUUUUUAUUUCAUUGAAUGUGCCAUAGUAGAGGUGUGUGUUUCUUUUUCUUUUCUUCUCUUUUCUUUUUUUUUCAUUUUUUUACAUUGUAGAUUUAAGGAAUAGCUGUGUUCCGACAUUCCAAAAUGCAAGAUGACAUAGCAGUCAUGAUUAAAAGGUUUGAUUAGUAAGCUUCAAUCAUUGUUGCUUUUUUUGCACAUGUUCUUCAUUCCUCUACAGUGCAAUAUGUACAUAGAGCACUUGCGGGUGUAACCUUGAUCCCUCAGGGAAAAAUACAUAUUUGUACAGGAUUUUUUUUUGCCUUUUUUUUUUUUUUUUUUUUUUUUUGCUAAGGAAUGUCGAUUGAAUCACUUGUCUGUUGUUGAGGGGCAGCCAGAUAAUAAUCCUAAACCACUGUCACAAAACUUUGAUUGUUUAAUAAUUUUGUGCCCUUUUAUUAUUUAAAAAGAAAAAUAAAAGUUAUUUUCUGACAGUUCUUUGUGCUGAUUGGUGAAAAAAAGGGUAAAUAUAUAAGCACCUUAUGAUUGACUUAACUGUGAAUGACAAUCCAUCUCGUUAUCAACAACAGAAGCCCUAUCGUUUUGGAGCUGGGGUUAAGAGUCAGAAACUAAUGUGCUCAGGGAUCUUCUAAAACUCUUCAACAGGGUGGCCAGUACUACUGGUGGGACAAAUUAUUUUAAAAAAAGAAAAAAGAAAAAAAAAAAAGAAAAAAAAUGCGAGUAUUUCUUCCUUUCCCUUCUCCCUCUCCCCACAGGCACAGAAAAACUGGACAGAUUUCUUUUUAACCGAAUGCUCAAUGUGUGCCUCAUUCUGUGAUGCAGUCUUGCAGAAUAUCUGCUCAUUGGUCUUUAUUUUGUAAAAAACAAAAAUACUCCAAACGAUGCAAAGGUUUUGUAGUUGUACUUAAGGAAGGAAAUUAAUGCUGGCCCAUUAAUAGUUCACAACUGAAAUUUAAUUUAAACAACCUCUGGAUGUUUUUAUAGCCAUUGGAGUGUUUUUCCAAAUUAAUUUCAAUGUUUUGCAAUAGAAAAUUGGUUUUCAGUAUUUAAAUGAUUGUCAAACGAAACAAAGCAGUUUAUGGUAGUACAAUAUGACUGGAAAGGCAGUUAUUAGAUUUUGCAAUAAUGUCAUAUAGACUAUGAGAACAACAACAGUUUAGACCUUGUCUCUCACUGUCUCUUAUGCUUCGUGGUAUAGCAAAAAAAAAAAAGACUGGAAGGAAACAAAAAGACUGAAGUCAUUUUCGUAUCUCGUACAUCAAUUGCAGCAAUUUAAAAUGAUCACAACAGUUGCAAAAAACAGCGAAGUCUAGUAAGUGUCUAAGUGCCAAAUUUUGUGAUGCUGGGAGCCUAUCACAAUUAGUCUUGUUCUGUGACUUCACAUCCUUUUGAAAACGCAAGAAGGAAAUUAAAUAAGCAACUGUGUACAAAAUGAGCAAGAUUUCAAGACUUCAGUCAGAUCAGGAAGAGAGUGAAAUUCUCUGAAAAAUGAGUGAAAAAGAUGGCUUUUUUCUUGCAAAAAAUAUCAGUUCUCCGGUAUCUUAGGUUGAGGUUUUGGAUUUUUUUUCCACUGGAUUUGUGGCUUCCAUUUGUUUAUGUUGCUAAUAAUUAGGGAAACCUUUCUCAAUAUUUCCCAAGCUGACACUCUAGCUUAGCUUGGAAUGGCCUUCUAAGGCAGAUGUUGCUUAGCAACUGUGACUCUUGAUCAGUUGGUGUCCUGGUAUCACCGCUACAAGAAAAUCCCCACUACUGUUGAUUCCCAACAGAAAGUAUCUUACACAUACUUGCUGAUCAAUGCAACAUACUGCUAAUUUGUGCAGUCUACAGAUAACUUUGUAGGGAGUGAUCCAAACGUGACAGUACCUUCUUUUGGGCUCUAAGGAUUGACACAGACAUUCCCCAGUCUGCACUUGAUGAACAAACAGGUUGCCAGUCCAAGCUGUAUAAACAAUGUAUGAUUUUUUCCUGCAAAUUCUUGAAGUCCCCAAGUAGAUAAAUUUAUUAAUACAAAUGUUAGAAACAACACUUACUAUCCAAUAUCCCAAAAUAAGAAGCAAUUUGCUCUUAGUAUUUAGCAUGAUCUGAAAUUCUACCUGUGCUAGCUGAUUUAGAUUGCAAAGAGGAAGCAUCUUUAUUUAUUUUUCUUAGCUGGAGAUCAGUAACUACUCAAAAUAGAUCUUCAUCAUUAAUGCUAACAUUACUUUAAAAGUUGCAUUCCAUGAAUAUAUUUGAAUUUUAACCUGCUAUUUUCUUUUUGCUUAAAUAUUCCUGUCAGUAAAUCAUUUGGUGGAAAUGAGGGCAAAUGUAUAAGGAUACCAAAUACAACAACAACAACAAGUUGAAAAUGAGUAUUUGUCAAAAAAUUGUUGCAGUAUGUGCUUUAAUCCUAGUACUGUGUUAAUAGCUCACUAAACAAUGCUAAGUCACUGGACUUGAGGGGAAGAAUAUCUAACAUGUAGGUUAAUAUACUGUCUAUUUUUGGAACUUUAUUCAGGUACUAAAUAGAACUUUAACAUCAAAAUAAAAGCUGUAUUCUACCUAUUUCAUAUGUAAUGUUGCUGUUUGUCUUCUUUUGUUGUUUUGGUUUUUUUUUUUGCCUUUAUCAUCGGUAGAAUAUAGCAAUAACUUUAUAGCAAUAAGUAGGCUAUCCAAAUAAGAAAUAAAACAUGAUAAAGGCUUCAGAUCAGUAUCUGUAAGUUUUGUUAAGCCACAAUAUUCACUUUUUUGUCUUCCCUCAUAAUCUCAUUACUUCUUCAAGCUGAACUUUACAAUCAAGUUAUUCAACUUGACAUGUGACACCACACCUUUUUGUUAACACCUGCAUGUUUUCAGUGUUUAUUAUGUCCUUUGUACACUUGUUUUCCUGUAAGUCAGUGUUUCUCAAGCUCUCUGAAAGCACACUCCCUCGGGGCUCUAUUUUUUCAUAGGGCUCUAUGUGUUGGAACUGACAUACGUCCUUUUUCUGGGUUAGGCAGUGAGAAUCAGCUGGAAUUACCGGCUGUCUUUUCUAACGAAGCAACUGAGCUGGUAUUGAGUAGUAGUAACUAUGGCUUCUGCAAUAGCCAACUGCCAGCUCUUCCUGCUCCUCCUCGCUGGGAGCUGAGCUGCAUGCAGUGAGCAGGAUGAGCUCCCUGCCCAGCGUGCUUGUCUGCAGUGGUGAACGGAGCUGCUGCAGUUGACACAGUACCGAGCCACGUUUGCCUGACGUACAGUUUUGUGAUAGUAAUCUGAACACUUUAGCAAUUUUCAAGUGGUUGUGACUUUCAGUUUGAGAAACACUACCCUAAAUUACCCCACAGAGUCUUAAUGUAAAUGCAUAAACUUUACAGGAAUUUGCAAUCUGUAAUGCUAUCCUAUCUAAUGCAGAGAAUUCAUAAGCAAUACAGUGAAUUUUAUUUCACAAAAAGGCAUACGUACUGUACACUUUUCUAAAUCCAAAAUGUUCCUCAUUUCUACAUUGAUUUAGAAACAAGUUACAGAACAGUGGUGAAUAUUUGAAAUAUUAGGACAUUAACUGGCUGCUUCUAUGUAUGUAACUGUACUGUCUUGCCUGCUCCUUUUCUGGAGAUGUGUUUUUGUAUUGGACGUUUGGGCCAAUGGGAGGCUUCAAGCUACAAUGUAUUUUCCCAGUUUAAAUAUAUUUAACAUACGACAAACCCCAGACAAGGCUUUUUAAAAUGUAUAAAGAACUGCAGUGUUAGGUGGUUUAUUUGCAAACUGUUUUCAAUGUUGUCCAUUUUUAUGGCACCUUUAACAAUAUUCUUGUUUCCAAAGUACGAAAAAGGUUAAAAAAUACUCUAGCCAUAACUGAAUGUCAAGCAAUAAAAACAAAUGACUUUUUGUGCAUAGAUUUAAAAGAAAUACAAGUUUUAGACAUCUGCAUGUAAAUGCAAUCUCUUGUUUACUGCUUUCUUAAACUUGAGCAACUGAUUCCUUAUUUUACUACUAAUUUAAGGACUUGUAAUGGCCUGUAAACAUUUUAUCUUGCUCUAUUCUUUCAACUCUUAACUUCGUCUCUGCUUUGGAGUCAUAAUAUUUAAUGUUGUUCUGCUCACCUCUAUACAGUUAACUUUUUGCUUUCAUUCUGUAUAGAUAAAGUUAUACUAUAAACAGCCUACACAGUGCAAAUAUUUAUCUGUUUAUCAAAUACCACAUUAUGCUGUAUAAUAUCUGUUUUACUAUAUAAUCUAUUUUAGACAUAGCUGUUUAGAACUAGAGUGUGCUAUUUUUGUGUUUUUCUGAUGUGUGGUGCUAGAUAAGUUACUUUUGUGAACAAAAGCAAACAAAAACCCCUUUUAUUCCUAGACAAUACCACCUUUGGGUCUUGUUAAUUUCACUGAGUAUAACUAUAUAUAAAUAUAUAUAUAUUUGUGUAUAUAUAUAUAUACACCUACAUAUGCCCAACACGUACCUGUAUCAGCGUACAAGAUUUGGGACAUGGUUCUCUCUUUAAACGCAUAGUGUCAUUAUAUAAAUUAUUCUAUAGUAUAUUUAAUAAGGAGAAAAUUACUUCACCGGUACAGAUACUUGAUAUCAAAUGUAGAAUUUUUUUCUACAUUAUUAACAUUAAUAAAAAUGUUCUGUCCAGUUUGUUAUCUUUUCGGUUACUAAAGCAGUCUGCCUGUGUUGUAUCAGAAAAAACAAAAGCAUCAAAUCUACGAGAAUAAAGCAUUUACAGUAUGCUGUCUGUCUGAAAGGGAGGUAGUUCUUUGGCUGCUCGGAGAGUAAAAUCUGGUUGUGGCAUCUGAGAUUGACUGGUGACGCUCUGAUGGGUGCCUUCCUCCCUCUUCACUUUAAAUAGGAUCUGCACACACUCAAACUGUGGAUGUCACUAGGCCAUGCCUACACGCUUAACUCCAGUUACUGUAAAUAGGAAUUUUCUGUAAAUCUGCCGUGACAGAUUGAUGGCUAAAUUCGGUCCUUGGGUAUGCUUUAUAAAUCAUGCAUACAUAUCUGAGGUCAGCCAUUAGCAACUGAAGUUAACUAAGAAGUGGAAUUUGCAACAUUCUGUCAGGUCUGGGGGUUUUGUUUUUAUUUGUCAUGUAUACCUUAAUUUACAUAGUCACGUACCCUUAAAAUUAUUCCUGUCCCCUGUUCCUUUCAUUCUAGAUACUGUUUUUGUGUUAAUUCUUAAAAACUGAUGGAUAUCAAAUAUCUAACUAAGGAGGUAAUUAACCUUUUAAAUAUUUAUUAGAAUUUUUCUGUAAUAUUACUGAAUUUAUAAGAUCUUUAGCAAAGAUUUUUGAGCAAUUUAUUAAAUACAAUUGUUUCUGUUUACUGCACUUUUUGAUAAUAGAAGGUAGUGAAUUUUAAAGCCAUGAUUCUUGGCUUCCAUGCACUGCUUUUAUACCCUCAAUUCAAGGAAUAUAUAUAUAUAAAUAAUUUUUUUUAAACAGCAAACAUACUGUUGUCCUAAAAAUAAAAUACAAACUUUACUGCACCGUGGGUAUAUUUUCAUAAGUGGAAUGUUUAAUUGCAAACACUAUCAGGAUAAUUAUAAAAACCUCUUGAAGCUACAAUCUUAUUUAAAUAUAAGCCAUGACAAUUUUGUUUUCCCUUGUUGAUUUAAGUCACCUUUUGAUAUUUUAAAAAAGAAAAGGAGUCGCACUUAAAUUUGUAUUUACUAACUUAUACGUAAUGCUAGGAACAAGUUCUUCCUAUUAUUUUAAUUUUAAUAGUUUGAUAUCUUUAUGCAAAAUCAUUUGGUUAACAUAUUUUCCCUGUUGACUAAAUGUUCAACGUAACAAAACCAGAAUAAAUACUGAUUUCAAAUACAUGUCAGUUUGAGGAUUAAGCACAUAAACUUCAGAAACCUCGUUGAGUGAUAUGCUCAGAUUUCUGUAAAUACACACAACUUUAAAUGAAAUUAUACUGUACAUGUAAAUGUAUGCUGUCUGUUAUGUGUACAGUAUGUAUAAAUUCCUUUUCUAGCCACCAUAAAACGUAAGCCAUCAAGAGGAAUACUAAAGUGGUAUUGUACUAAACCUUUGCUAAUGAUCUUUACCCAGUCACUUAACUUCUCACUUUCAUGGACCUUUCCAACUCACUCUUAUGAUAGCCUGCUUAUAUUCCAGUUUGUUAUUUUACUCAGUCCCGAUAAAAAAAGUAUUUUGAUUCAUUUUGUAAAUACGACUGUAAAAAUAAGAGAUUUAAUGUUGUCUUUUAAAUACUCCAAUUUUCAUUCUAAUAUGAAUGUUGUUAUAUUGUACUUAGAAACUGUACCUUUAAUAUUACAUUACCUUUAUUAAGUGCAUUGAACAC